GCCUACAUGCUGAACGCCGUCGGCUAUAGGACCACUGCAAAGAAUUCGAUGUGUUUUUGACAAAUUGUAAAAUGUAUUUUUCUUCUUCUUCUUCUAUGCGUUGGUUUAAUUAAAUAGUAAAGCGGAAUAAACAUGACGGCUAUCUGACGGCGUCCAUUCCGCCGUCUUUGGCCCAUCCACGCCAAAUCGCUCCGUGCACACAACACAUUUCAUCCUGCCGCAGUGGCCUUUCGGGCGGGGCCACAAGUCGGUAUAAGAGGGCAGAAAUCAUCCGAUGGGUGGACAGUCACACGUGAACCUGCUCCGAGACUUGCCCCGCCUCCACUUUCGUUUCGACCCCGGCGCUCCUACGUCCAACCAACCGGGCCAGAGCCAUGGAGAGUUCCGCUGUUCUCCGAGGGCUGCUGGCGUUCAGCCUUCUGGUCGUCUCGUGUCACGGUCAGACGUCGCAGGAAUUGUCUGUUGAGGACUUGGAUGGAGACAGAAGCGAACUUGCAGCAGACAGAGACUUGGUCGAAGCUCUGGAUGUUUUGCUGGGCAGGAUGCAUAAUCGGAUUUCCACAGAGAAGAGAGGCAGUAUCCCGCUGUGCGGGAUGGGUGACCGGUGUGCCAUGAAGUUCGGGCCACGAAUUGGAAAGCUCUGCGACUGUGGCAGAGGAGCCAACUGCAAUUCUUACCUGCUCAAGUGCAUCUGAGCUUCUCUCGGUUUGAAAAUCCUGUCUGCAGGAAGGAUGCACAUUUUUAGACCACAAAUCUUGAUUCAGCUGUUGGCCUGCAGUGCCCUCGCUAAACAUACCUUAUACAUUGUAGAUGUUUUCACAAAUUUUCAGCAUGAUUUAGUGGCGUGUGUACUCUUCAGGUUGUAUUGU